AUGACAACACCAAUGACUGCCAACGAUAUCUACUUCUUCAAGUACUUGGUCAACAACCAAGUAUUCUACAGGACAAAAUUCACUUAUGCGUUAGUAAAUUUAAAGCCUUUGGUUCCAGGCCAUGUUUUGGUUGUUCCACUUCGAACUGCAGUACUACGCUUGGGCGAUCUCACACCUGAUGAGUCGAUCGAUUACAUGAAUACAUUGCAAUUGAUACAAAAGUUUAUUACCAAAACAUACAAAGCUGAUUCCCUUAAUAUAGCAAUUCAAGAUGGACCAGAAGCCGGUCAGCUGGUCCCACAUCUACAUACACAUAUCAUUCCACGAUACAUGACCGACGGUUAUGGAGAUUCCAUAUACAGUAAAUUAGAAUCAGAAGAUUUGGAAGCAGAAUACAAGCGAUUUGAGGUUAGGAAAAGACAAUAUCUUGAUCAUUUGAAGGUUGACAAGAGUGAGUUGGCUCAAAAUGAUGCUGAUAGAAAAGAACGUACUCCAACUACUAUGCAAGAGGAAGCUACCUGGUUAAAUAAUGAAAUCCAAAAAUUUAUUGCGCAUUUAAAAACAUAG